UUUUGAAAGACAAUUGUCGUCACAGGAGACGUAGACUAUUACGUCGUACGCCGCAGCCUCUCGACGUCAUGUGGAAAAUAGCAAUGUCGGAGGAGGUAGGCAAGGCGCUCCAGUCGGUGGUGCAGCGGGUCAACCAGGCUGCAUCCCGACGACCCAAGACGCUACCAGCUGUGCCACCGCAACUUGUCGCUGUCAGCAAAACCAAACCUCCCGAGAUGGUGGUGGAGGCUUACAACCAAGGCCAGCGUAACUUUGGAGAAAAUUAUGUUAAUGAACUUGUGGAUAAAGCUUCAGAUCCUAUGAUUUUAGAAUCAUGCCCAGAAAUCAAGUGGCAUUUUAUUGGUCAUCUACAGAAGAACAAUGUCAACAAACUCUUGGGUGUGCCAAAUUUGUUCUUGGUUGAGACGGUUGACUCUGCAAAACUGGCAGACAAGGUCAACACCUCAUGGCUGCGUAUCAGAGGAGCGAGCACGCAGAGGUUAAAGGUCAUGGUGCAGAUCAACACCAGUGGUGAACAGAGUAAAUACGGCCUCCCGCCAGAAGAAGCAGUCAAUACCGUCAAGCACAUCGUGUCGCAGUGCUCCGCUCUGCAGUUCUUAGGACUCAUGACCAUUGGACGUUACGGCUACGACCUAACCCUCGGCCCAAAUCCAGACUUUCAGAUGCUUCUGAGCCGGCGACAAGAGGUUUGUGACAGUCUGAAGCUGCCUCUGGAUGAGGUGGAGCUCAGCAUGGGGAUGUCCACUGAUUUUGAACAUGCCAUUGAAGUUGGGUCAACUAACGUUCGGGUGGGAAGCAUCAUCUUCGGCAACAGGGAGUAUCCCAAUAGCGCAGCCAACACUCCGAUUCCCAGUCCCGCCCCCAGUCCGGCUCCCAGCCCGGAGAAAACAGCCAAGCAGGUGUCUGAAGAAGCCGCUAAGAAAAUGCAGCAUCUGACAGUCUGAACACUAAUAAGUUGUCAAUUUCCUUUGUAAGAGAAACAAUACAACUAUAAAAUGUGCUAACAAGAAGAGCGCUGCAAACUCCCACACACACAUUGGGUUAAGAUUGCCUAAUUAUUGCAUAUUUUAAUAAAAUCUAUAUAUUUUUUAUCUUUUGCCACUAAAUGGUAUAGUACCCCCGUCUGUCACCUUCGAGCUGUGCUAGAAGUUAGAAGACAACCGUAACCGAAUAAAAUUCUGUUUUCAUUUUCUCCAUAAACCGAAUCGAGCUGGAGUUUGUGAGGAUUUAUUUCCAGUUUUUAUUGUGCAGGUGCAGCGGGACUUUUCACUUAAUAAAUCUCUCAUCCCUUUAUGACUUUUGUGUAUUUAGUGUUGAGGUUUUUUGUACUCAUUCGUCUCUUGAGUAAAUCAGAAGGAAUGCUAGCUGUGAUAUGUGGUGCAAGGGGAGCUACGCAAAGGGAUUGUCUUCACAAGCUAGGACCGUACCAGUUGGUGUGUUCCCAUAAAAGAUUGUCAUUGUCAAUGGUUUUAAAUAUUGUGGUGGAAAGAUGUCUUCAGUCGAGCAUUUAAAGAGGAAGUCAAAUCAAAAUUGGCUUUAUAUGUUCCAUGUGCCUCUGUCAGAUAAACGUGACAUCCUGCGCUGUGAUGUCAUUUUCAUUCGGCAGCACAAGGCAAAAUGGCCGCUCUCUGAGAGGGAUAAAAACAGAUGAAUUUUGUUACUUAAUUCAUAUUCCACAAAGGCAAUAUUCAUCUCAAUCCUGUUUAGACAAAUGGGACUUCAUAGAAUGCAAGAAAUGUUUGACUUGACUUCCUCUUUAAUCAGUGCUUAGAAUCGUGCUCUUAGGGACACCUAAGCAGAGCAAUAAACUUUUAGAAAUAUCUCUGUUGCUGGUGUAUUUUUUUUAACCUAUAUUUGUUAAGCAGUGCUUUCAAACUUUUUUUUAUAGCCCAAAUGUCUUUAUUAAGCACAAGGAGAUGACAUCAACAUGACUUAACAUUUUAUGGUUGACUGUAGCGCACCUAUGGAGUUGGACAUAUUAAAUGAAACACCUGCAAACAGUAACUUAAAAUUCAAACUUCAUACUGACGAAUCCAUACCCUUAUGACUUAUGGCUUCCCCAUCAAUCAAUGGAAAAAAGUAAACUGAACCUACAGGAUUUUGUGGUAUUCCCAUACAAAUAAAUAAGAUACAGUAUAACAAAUACUCACCCUCCCAAAAAUCCACAUACCAACCAGCUAGAAUGUUCUGACAACAGAACUGCAUGAACAUCACAGAAACAACUUCUAGACAAUAACCUCACCUUAGAACAAAGUAAAAUUGCAACACCUCAAACCCUUUGAGACACUUCUAAAAAUCAGAUUUUAUUAUUUUUUUAUUAUGUAAUUGUAAAGUCGUAACUAUGUAGUUGCUGAUGAAUGUGGGUGUGGCUUAUUUGUCUUCCAGUUAGUGACGUUUAGAAAUAUUUGGGAAAAAAUGAAUAAAAUGCUGUCAGACAAAGCAUACGGAUUUACACAUUGAUAGUAAUAAUUAUGUACCGGUAGUGGUUUAUGAAUGUGGGUGUGGCUUGUUUGUCUUUCACACAUCUCCACAACCUUUAAAUGCCUUACUCUGCAGCUUGUUGCCUCAAAGUGCAAAUCCAAAAAGAAAUGAGACGCUGGAAAAAGGGAAUAUUUCUUAAAAGUAUACUUGUUACAGAACCCCAAAGAAGCCAUUUCCAAAAAAAAAACCUUAAAAUCUGCUUUACACGUAACCAAACGAUGCCCAGUAUUGUCAAUCGAAUGAAA